AUGGCUGCUCGUAAGCCGUUACAAUAUACGCUAGCGCUACUAAAGCCAGACAUUUGCGCCAAUCCACUACUUCCACCAAAGAUCAUAGACACCAUUCGUGCGCGCGAAUUGAAUGUUCUAGAGCAGAAGCCGCUGCUAUGGAGCCAAGCCGAUGCCGAAGCUUUUUACGGAGAACAUCGAGGAAAGUUCUUUUUCGAACGAUUGUGUGGCUAUAUGACAAGUGGGCCAUUUAUGGCUUUGGUACUAUCUUCACCAAACGCUAUCAAGGAUUGGAGAGCUUUGAUCGGACCCACACACCCAGUAAGAGCCCGGAUCAACGCUCCAGAUACCCUCAGGGCUCUCUAUGGACUGACAGACACUCGAAACUCUUUUCACGGUUCUGAUUCACCUGAAAAUGCCCGCCAAGAAAUUGAGUUCUUCUUCAAGGACUUCCAUAUAGAUGCUCACCAAAAGUGA